UCUUAGGCUACUCCUUUCUCCCCCUCUCCUUCGGUCACCUUGUAACGAUGUGUCUCUCCUUCUUCUCUCUGCAGAUGAAGAAGAUGAAGAGGAUGCCUGCCCCCCGCCAGUGCUGAGAGGAAGAAGGGAAAGAAGAAGGGAGGGAACGAGGACAGAGGAAAGUAAAGAAGGGAGGGGAAGGGGGAAGAGAGGAGAGAAAGGGGGGCUGGUAGAUGUAGCUCUAGCUGUGGGCCGGGGGGAGAGCUACCUAGCCCGGGCUGCUCUGCCGAAACAUCCAUGGGUGGCUGUGUCGGGAGCCACCACGACUCCUCGGGCAGCUUAAACGAGAACUCGGACGGCACUGGAGUGGCUCUAGGGCGUAACCAGCCCCUGAAGAGAGAGCGGCCUAAAUGGAAAAGUGACUACCCGAUGACUGAAGGCCAGCUGCGCAGCAAGAGAGAUGAGUUCUGGGAUACGGCGCCAGCAUUUGAGGGCCGGAAAGAGAUCUGGGAUGCUCUGCGGGCUGCAGCCAGUGCCUUUGAGAGCAACGACCACCUGCUGGCUCAGGCCAUCCUCGACGGGGCCAGCAUCACACUGCCGCACGGAGCUCUGACCGAGUGUUAUGAUGAGCUGGGGAAUCGAUACCAGCUGCCGGUGUACUGCCUCUCUCCUCCCGUCAACAUGAUUGAAGAGCGCUCUGACGAGCCUGACGGGUCAGACCCAGACUCCGGGGCCGCAGACCCGUCCACGGGCAGCGCCGGUGACGCCAGCUCAGGAGGAGAGUGCCAGCUUCGGCUCCGGCUCUCCACGGGUCGCGACCUCCGGCUGGCGGUCCGCUCCACGGACACAGUGGGCAUGAUGAAGCGCCGUCUACAUAACCAGGAAGGCGUUCCUGCUGCAACCCAACGCUGGUUUUUCUCAGGCCGACCACUGACAGACAGGCUGCGCUUGGACCAGCUCAACAUCUCGAGGGACUACGUAGUGCAGGUCAUCCUCAGCCAGCCCCCGCAGCCCGAGCCGCUGUUAACACCAGGACACACGCCAGGACACACACCAGAGGUCUCUGGGCCAGCGGUGGUGGAAGGAGUGGCCGCACUGCUGCAAGAGCCCACGUCAGUAGAGAAUUAACUCGCCCCAACAUGGCAGACUCGAGGUGGGCCUACACGAGCUGGGAGUAUAAAACAAGGAAGAUAACAAGGGAGAAACAAAUGAAAGUUGAUUCAGAUUUUUCUCUUUUGAUUUUCUCUUUUCCCUUCUUCUCUCUUCUCUUUUCCCUUCUCUUCUCUUUUUUCCCUAUUGUUUUUGGGCAGAGAUGGGCUGUCUGCCAGAGUUAAAGGACUCUUGAAUUGAGAAAAGACUCUUCCUUUUGGUUUUACAUGUUGAAAUGUUGACCUUUUUUGAAGUCUUUUUAACUGUUCCUAUGGAAACCAAACAACAACAGAAAGAGAACCAUGUCAGAUGGCGUAAAGGGUUUUCUUGGGGACACUGAUGUCCGAUAUGUCUCUGUUUCAGUUUCCAUUCAAGUUCUGCUCUCUGGCAAAGCAAACGGCUCCUGGUCAGCAGAGCUCAGUUUAUGAGGCUACAGGGUUAUACAUUCAACAAUCAUAAAUACAUUUGCGUUUCAAUAGUACUCAACAUGUGCAGAUGAGAAAGAAAAGGAAGGAAUAUAGUUUAACAAUCGUGACGGCUCUUUUAGACAAUUUUUAGUUAUAGGUGCAUCAAAUCAAGAACACACUUCACUUGGGGAUCAAUUGAGUUCACUAUGCUGUAAAGAAAAGGCGCUCGUAUUAAACAUGUUUCCAUUGGUCGAGACUGAGGUUGCAGUUUGGGGGUGCAUGAGGUGUGUUACGGAGCUGCUGCUGGAUUAAACGCUUUAUUUCACUCUGCUUCACGGAACAAUCAGAGCAAUCAUGUCAUAAAUGUGUGUGUGUGUGUGUGUGUGUGUGUGUGUGUGUGUGUCUGUGUCUGUGUGUCUGUGUGUGUGUACUUAUACAUGUGGCAAAAGGAUGGAACAUUGGAAACACAGUUGCAUAUUUUGAUUGAAAAUAGAAUGUUUUUAAUUAAAAUGGAUAAUUGUUUCUAUUCCUCGA